AUGCCCCCAGCAGGCCCAAAGUCCGACAUCAACCGCUCGGGCUCCGAAGUCACGGACUUCCCGGCCGUGUGUAACGACUGCCUCAGCGCAACCGACAACCCAUUCAUCCAAAUGAUAAAGGAGGAUCACGGCAUGGAAUGCAAGAUCUGCACGAGGCCCUUCACCGUCUUCCGCUGGGCCGCCGAUCGUACCUCCCGUUUCAAGAAGACAAACGUACCUAACCCCCCCCCUCGCCCCCCCCCAUCCCCGCCUCCGAUGACUAAUAAUCGAAGCAGAUAUGCCUGACGUGCGCCCGCCUAAAAAAUUGCUGUCAAUGCUGCAUGCUGGAUUUAUCCUUCGGCUUGCCGAUUGCCGUGCGGGACGCAGCGCUCAAGUUGGUGGCACAGGGGCCCAGUUCGGGGAUUAAUAAGGAGUACUACGCCCAGAAUGGUGAGGGCGCGUUGAUCGACGCGCAGGUGCCGGAGGAGUACGAGAAGACGGACGAUCGGGCACGAGAGUUGUUGAAGAGGUUGGCUGGGAGUGAGCCUUAUUACAAGAGGAGGCGCGGGGGCGGGGGUGGUAACAACGAUGGGGAGGGGUCUCGUGGGGUGGGGCCUAUUAGGAGUAGGGGCGGUGGAAGUGGUAGAGGUGGAGGCGGAGGUGGUAGGGGAAAGGGUGGAAGGGGCCGUGGAGCCCGCUUCCCCGGUGUCGGUCAAAUCCCCCCGGGACCAAUGGACUGGGCUCCCCCGGAAGAUACUACGAUCACUUCUUUGUUUCUCACAGGGUACCCCCUCCCCCCUUCUCCCCUUUGUUUGUUUUUGCCCCGCAAUACAACUAACAAACCGCUAGCGUGGAAGAUGACCUUGCAGAGCACCACCUACGAACAUUUUUUGCCCCCUACGGCCCCAUAAAGUCCAUCGUGUGCGUCCACCGAUCCCGCUGCGCAUUCAUAAACUUUACCACCCGCGCCGCCGCCGAAUCCGCCACCGCAGCGUGCCAGGGCAAGGCCGUUGUCGCCGGGUGUCCUCUACGGGUGCAAUGGGGCCGCACAAGGCCGUUGGGGAAUAUGGAUCGGGGGCAGACUGCUGCAGUGGUUCGGGAUGUGGGCCCUGCUGCUGCUGGUGGUGUUGGGGGAGAGGAAGAAGUGGCGGAUGCCGGAGACGUGGGAGGGCGGGAGGGUGGGGCAAGAGAUGCCGGGGAGGAGAUUGUCCUCGCUAGACCCCCCGGGGAGGAUGAUGUUGUGUAUCCUUCGCAGGUGGGGAGUUGA